AUGCCCGUCAGCGCUGCAGCCAAGAACGCCCUCGCUAUGGGAACUGCGCUGCGCAACAUCGGCUGGCUCUCCUUCUGGGCACAGCUCACCCUCACAAUCGUGGCCUCUGGAAUCCUCAUCUUCUCCACUGGUAUCAUCUCCCAGAAUCCCACGGAGCUGUCCUUCAUUGAUGUGUGCACGCUGGGGGGCCUGGUGACGAGUAUGAUCUCAACCUUCCUUGCGUGGACUUAUAUCCGGGCAGGACGCAAGCUUGGCCAGCUCAAGGCAUCCAUCGGUGGCCUGGUGGGCAAGACACUGACCUCCGCCUCUGCGGCUGGGUAUGCAUACCGGACCCCCGCACCCCCUCCCGUUGCGCUGGAUGUCUUUUCGAUCCAGGCUAGCACCAACACAUUGAUGGCCCACUUCGUGGCCAUUCUCUUCGGCAACUGGUUGCUGCGGACGGCAAACAAGUUCCUGAAGCAGGAGGAGGAUGCGGCGGUGCAGGACUUUGACUCGCAGUAUGCGCCCACCGCCCCACCCCUCCCCGGCUACUAG